AUGAGGACAAUCAAGGAUGGAGAUCUUAAGGAUGUUGUAAAUAAUAUGGGAUAUACCCUAAACGUACCCUUGUUCGAUUACUAUCGUGGUAUAAUCCAAGAGGCAAAUCAGCGUGCAUUAGAUUGGGUGGACAAUAUUCCGAAAGAAAAAUGGACUCAAGCAUAUGAUGAGGGUCGACGAUGGGGCCACAUGACAAGCAACAUCGUUGAGUCGUGGAACUCUGUGUUUAAGGGAACACGCAACCUACCUAUUACACCUAUAGUUCAAUCAACCUACUAUAGGCUGGCAUGUCUCUUUGCUGAUAGGGCUCAAAAAGCGUUUGCAAGGGUAGGUUCCGGAGAUUUGUUCAGUGAAUAUUGUCAAAAUGCGAUUAAGGAUGACAUUGUUAAGUUCAACACCCAUCAUGUCGAACAGUUUGACCGAGAAAGGUAUACCUUCUCAGUCCGUGAGACCGUCAACUACAGGGAAGGAAGGCCAAUGGGAACCUUCAAGGUGGACCUACGAGCGGGGUGGUGUGAUUGUGGAAAAUUUCAAGCUUUACAUUUGCCAUGUUCUCAUGUCAUAGCCGCGUGUUCUUCAUUUCGCCAUGACUACACAACCCUUAUUCCACCUGUGUUAAAAAACAAGAGUGUUUACUCCAUUUACAACACACCCUUCAAAGUAGUCCACGACAAGAGUUAUUGGCUCCCAUACAACGGUCCCGUGCUUUGCCAUAAUCCAAACAUGCGAAGACUAAAGAAAGGUCGACCCAAUAGUACCCGCAUAAGGACUGAAAUGGACGAGGAGGUGGUGGAGAGGACUCCGACACCGAGACGGUGUGGGUUGUGUCGGCAUACCGGUCAUAUUAGGAGAAAUUGUCCGAGUUUAAAUAAUCGAUAG